CCUGGAUCCUUGUCAGAGUCCAGCUGCUGUGGAGAUGCUCCGCUCCAUCCAGGCCAGCAAAAUUUCCCCUAAAGGCAGACGACAGGAUCGAGCUGCUCUGGCGCGGCUGGUCGGGAGGAAGCGGCUGCUGGUGGCGGGGGUCCUGGCCGUCGUUAUGGUUCUGGUUCUGGUCAUCCUCAUCCCCGUCCUGGUCAACUCGGCCGGGACUGCGGGCCACUACGAGAUGAUCGGGACUUGUAGGAUGGUGUGCGACCCGUACGGCACCAAGUCUCCAAGCAGCACCGCCACGGCGGACACGGUCCGAGACACCAGCCGCGUGCACUCUAUACCCACUUUUAUUCAAGGUCCCAAUGGGGAACCGGGUCGUCCGGGUAAGGCGGGUGCGAGAGGACCUCCAGGUGAGCAGGGACCGCCUGGUCCUGUUGGGCCACCCGGAGAGAGAGGGGAACCGGGCAGACCCGGUUUGCCCGGACCUCCGGGGCCCAGCGCGGCGGCCAGUGCCAUCAGCGCUGCCACCUACAGCACGGUGCCCAAGAUCGCCUUUUACGCAGGGCUCAAAAAGCAGCACGAGGGAUACGAGGUGCUCAAGUUUGACGACGUGGUGACCAACCUGGGAAACCACUACGACCCGACCUCUGGGAAGUUCACCUGCUCCAUCCCCGGGAUUUAUUUCUUCACUUACCACGUCCUGAUGCGCGGAGGCGACGGCACCAGCAUGUGGGCUGACCUGUGCAAAAACAACCAGGUGCGUGCCAGUGCCAUCGCCCAGGAUGCCGACCAGAACUACGACUAUGCCAGUAACAGCGCCGUGUUGCACCUGGAGCCUGGAGACGAGAUCUACAUCAAACUAGACGGAGGCAAAGCUCACGGAGGCAACAACAACAAAUACAGCACGUUCUCUGGAUUCAUCAUCUACGCUGAUUAGACAACUUUACUCUGUGUUUUCCCUCUCACUGAAACGCUUCUACGAUGCCUCCCUCUAAAAAUAAAAUGAAUGUGAAUGUUAAUACAAACCUUUAUGUUCCUCCAGAUCUUUGUCAUCAUCCUGCUCCGCCGUAAAUUGUGAUUCUGACUCAGUAAUGUUACAAAAUCAGGUUGUGAGUGUGGGAUGGAACCGUAUCCUCUCUUGUGCCAGUAUGUCACACCUGAAUGCACGGCUGAUAUCUUCAUCCCACAGUUAGAGACAGUUCACUUUUUAUACCUGACUGGGCCUCAAGCUGUCAGUCAACAAACCAAACACAUUCAAACCCAAACGGCAAAACGUCUCAGAAAGAGGAAUAAAAAGAGUUAAAUGGUAUUUCCCAAAUUUCCCCACCUCCCUUUCAUGUCUGGAUGGGUGUAGUCAGACUGAUGCUCCGCCCACACGUCCUCCAGACUCACUCUGUUCUGGUUUAAUUAAUCCUUCACUCUGCUCCACCUCCACCAGCUACAAGGAAAUGUUGAUUAUUCACUGGACUUAUUCAUUUAUUUUUUUUUUCCAGUGUUCAUGGUACGGGAACGCUUCAUGGAGCAGUCGGCAUGGCAACAUGUAAUCGUCAUGACGUCACAUCCUGUUUCUAUAGCGUCAUAUAACGAACUAAACAUCAGUGUUAAAUUAACGACCUAACACUGCAGAAUUCAUCCAUGGGUGGAAAAAUAUGUUUUUGUUGGUCCUGCCCACUAACAUGGAGGGGGUGGAGCUUAUGAUCUAUAGAUGGCAGCAGCAAAUUAGGCCACGCCUCCAUUUGGAUGGAAACAAAUCCCCCCAUAGUCAGUGUUUAAUUUGUGCUGCUAGCAUGUGUCGGCUAACGCUAGCCAGCGACUUCACGUCUCUCUGACGUUACCGACUGUUGUUUCAGUCCAGCUACAUUCACUACUUUGACUAUUUAAAAUGAAAUUUUAAUUUUCAACAUUAUAACUAACAACUGUGAUGACUGACAUUAGCUAACGAUAGCAUCAUAACUUAAAGUGAUUAUUUGUUUGCCUCCCACAUGUCGACUAUCACAACACAGAAACUUCUCCGCUGUUUUCACCCAUAAGGGGGCGUGGCCUUACCAGUGAUGUAAGGUUACUGUCUUCCACACUGCAGCCUCCAGCCACCAGGGGGAGCCCUACUUGCUUUAGCUUCACUUAAGAGGAGCUGCUCUGCGUCCAUCCUCCAACCAAUCAGAGCCAUUUCAACUCAGCAGAGCUCAGGUGAUGUGUACGAAUAUGAACGAUGUGUUAAUCUGUCCAUCAUGAAGAAAAAAACACAACUUCCUGUACUGUUGAAGUGUGAAUAUAGAUCUGAUUUUGGAACCCGUAUAUAACAGUCUGAUGGGUUUAAAGGACUUUUCGAGACCCUGUCCCCACCCUGCCUGCCUGCUUGUUGGCUGUUUAGCUGUUUUAACCCAGUGGGCAAAAAUUAGGCCUUGUUUUCAUCUUUCUGUGUUUAGGAGUAGAGCCUCUACACAGAAAUGUUCAAAUCUUUGUGCCAGGCUCCUGAAUCCUGGUGCUCGCUCAUCCGAUCGCCGCCUCAUCAAGACCUGGAUUUUAUUUUUGGGGGGUUCUAACAUCUCAUGAGUUGGAUGUGAGGACUAAACACAUGGUUUCAGGAACUUUGCAUGGCCUAAUUUAUUACACUACAGCUGUAGUCCUCUGUAGCAUGCACGUGACACAUAACCACCAGUAUUUGUGUGGGUUUGCUGGCAUCAAAGUGUUAUGCACCUAUUCAAAAUGUCUGAUUUGCUCAGCUGUUGUCGAAGAUAUCAACGUACUCAGUCGUUUGUGGUGCCAGUUUUAUGAGAAGCAUAGUUAGCGCAACGUUUUGAUGCAAAUGUCUGUGCUUUCCUUCCAUAUACUGUACAUGUCAAUUACAACGUGGAACAAAACCACAAGAAGAAGAAGAGGAGGAGAAUGACAUUACUGUGUAGCGAACCUUAGGGACUGUCUCCAAAUGCAUUGCUGGUCCUGGCAUCUCAUGUAAAUAUUGUACUGAUGCAAACUUUAUUUAUUUUUCUGACUAGUUAAUGUACAGAUUGCUGGAAGAGUCCAUAUUAAAUGAUUUUAAAUACUCAAACAAUCAUUUCAUUAAUUGAAAAGAAGCAGAUUGUUUUGUUGAGUCUUUGGAGGGAACGACGUGCUAUUGUAGAUGCACCAUUUGUAAUAUUCAUUCAUUAAAUCUAUAUACAAAAAAA